AUGUCGUCUGAUCUUCGUCUCGAGUCGUUGUUCAAGGUUGCUGGGAAGAUCGUUUUGGUUACGGGCGGAGGAUCCGGCAUUGGGAAGAUGAUUGCCACUGGAUUUGCUCAAAAUGGAGCCAAGGUCUACAUCGCUGCGCGGAAAGAGAAUCAACUCAAAGAAGCUGUAGAUGAUAUCAACAAAGUCGCUACUGGACCCAAGGCGGAAUACAUUGUUGCCAACGUCGGCUCAAAAGCAGGUUGCAAUGCUCUAAUUGCAGAGUUCCGAAAGCGCGAAAACAAGCUCCAUGUUCUGGUGAACAACUCUGGCAUCACAUGGGGUGGACCCUUCCUCGACUUUCCCGAGGAGAAGGGUUGGGACAACGUCUUUAACGUCAACGUGAAAAGUAUCUUUUACAUGACUGCUGGACUCUCGGAUCUUCUCAUCAAAGAUUCAACGAAUCGCGACCCCGCACGCGUCAUCAACAUCUCUUCGACCGCAUCUGUAGAACCCGGAAGCGAAGGCGCGCUCAGUGCUGAAGGAAACGGAACAUGGAGUUACCAAUCUAGUAAAGCAGCUGUAAACCAUUUGACAUCACAGCUCGCUCUCAAGCUUAUUUCCAACAAUGUCACUGUCAAUGCUAUCCUACCGGGUCUCUUCCCCAGCAAAAUGACCGCGUUCGGACUCAGAACUGCUGGCGAGGAAGCUUUCAACGAAGGCCAACCCACAGGCCGCAUUGGCGCGUCAUCUGACAUCGCUGGGCUUGCCCUAUUCCUCGCCUCGCCUGCCUCGGCACACAUCACUGGCACACAUACCCUCAUUGACGGUGGUUCACGAUACCUCCGGCAUGCGAUUGCGCCCGCAGUCAAAUUGUAA